AUGGCAUCAUGCUUGCUUGCUUGCUUGCUUGCUUGCUUGGCCUGCGUUUCCCCCAUGCCCGUGCCCGCGCCCCGUGGCCCCGUGCCCCAUCUCCCCCGUGGCCCGUACUGGCCGGAGGUGCGGAGCGUCUCCAGGGCGUCGCUCGCCGGUGCUCCUCGUCUUGACCGCUCUGAUCGGUUUGCUAGUUUGAUUACUUGCUGGACCGCUCUGCUUCACAUUGUCUGCCCGACCCAUCUGACGCGUCGUCUUUCCUUUCCAUGGCGAGCCAAGCCAUACCUCACUCACUCACUUGCAUCGACCCACGAUAAAGAUGACUCUGGCUCUGACUCUGACUCUGACUCUGACACCCCCCAUAAACACACACAUCACUUUUUGCUACGACAACCGCCGCUUGCGAUGCCGCCACUAUUCAACCAACCACCCGACGAGCCUGUAAGCCAACAGCCAACAGCCAACAGCCAACCAACCAACCUCCGCUGGUAA